AUGGGAGCUCUCUGCGGUAGACAAUCUGAUUUCCAAGAAGACCGUCUUCCGUCUCAACGGCCCUCUAAACCUUCUUCACACGCCGCCGGCGCAUCGACCAGCGCCCGACCCACGACAUCAACCGCACGCCAACGACAACCCAAGGGUAAGUCGAAAUCCAACGGGCAACGACUAGGCGGCACAAGUCCAGAAGUAUCGGCAACAGAAAGCGUCUCCGCACGGGACGCAGCAGCAGCAGCCGCAGAAGCCCGUGCAGCUGCGGCAUCUUCGCGCGGGAAGCCCGUUUCGCCGACAAUAGGCGGGAAUGGCGGUCCUGGUGUUGUGGCAGGAGGUGGAAAACUGGCGAAGCAGUUGGAGGAGGAAAAGAGGAAGACGGAUCGGCAGGUCUUGAAGGAAGCGGCGGAGAAUGAGUUGGCGAGGAAGAGGGGGGAGCAGGGGAAUCUUGUGUGGGAUUGA